UAACGGAGGCAGACAAUACCGCAUCAUGGACUACAUCGAAGAAGAGACGCGGCCACGGUUCCUCUUCUCCUCCUCCUCCGGCGCCUCCUCAGCCGCUGCGCCCGCCGAAACCCGAAAGGUCAGCAAGUUCCACGCCGCCGCUUGCCUCUCGGCUGCCGCUGCGCUCCUCCUCCUCGCCUACCUCUCUCUAUCUGGCUCUCAAAUCCUCUCGUCCCUCCUCCUCUGGGCCGCCCUCUCCCUUGCCCUCGGCCCCUUCGCCCCUCUCUCCGCGACGGGUGGCGACGCACGGGUCGGCCACGGCGACCCCCUCCCUGACCCCGAGCCCGCCCCUUCUUACUCGGAUCUCGACGAACCUAAGAGGCGGGUCCAAGGCCGCCGCACCAGAUCCCAGAAGCUCGACGGGCCUCCUCCGCCGGUUGCCACCAUCUCUAAACCGGCAGCCGCGGAGAGGAAUAAAGAUCUGAUCUUUGUCAAUGGCGGUGGAUCAACGAACGACAACAAGGGGAAAGAACAGGAAGAAGAGGAGUGGACGGACGAGGACUUGGAGCUUCUCAAGAAGCAGGUCUCGAAGCAUCCGGUUGGUGAGCCGAGACGGUGGGAGAGGAUCGCUGAAGCUUUCCAAGGGCGGCAUGGGUUGGAUAGCGUGAUAGACACCGCAAAAUCGUUGUCGGAGAGGAGGCCCGCAGCUGGGGAUCCAUAUCAGCAGUUCUUGAAACAGAGGAAACCGGUGGAUAAACGAGUGGCAGCCGUCGAGGUAGAGUCGCAUCCGCAAGAUGGGAGUUUGAUGGAGCAUGGUGAUCCCAAGAAGGACAAUGGCGAUGGGAACGGAAAUUGGAGCUCAGGGGAGGAUAUUGCGCUCCUCAAUGCGCUCAAGGCAUUCCCCAAGGAUGCCGCGAUGAGGUGGGAGAAGAUAGCUGCAGCGGUGCCGGGGAGGUCGAAGGCCUCUUGCAUGAAGAGGGUUGCAGAGCUAAAGAAAAGCUUUCGGAGCUCCAAAUCUACUGAAGUAUAGAGCAAUUCUUGGAGGUGUUGGUUGGCUUCAAAUACUUGCAACACUAACUACAAAUCAUGAGGUGAUAAGAUGGAUACAUGGUUCUUUGAUAUCUCACACAGAAUUUUGCAGGUGGCUGGUUUCUUGAACUAGUUUGUAUUUGAGAAUUGAAGGGUUUCAAACUCUGGUUUGAGUCAACUAUGUUUUGGUGAAAGGUGCAACCUAUGCAUUGGGAAAUUGUAGCUUGAAUCAUGAAAAUGUUUAGACCAUCCAAAUAGUAACAACUAGAAUCUCUGUAUUUAAUCUAAAAAAUGAUAGAGAAGUGUAUUGAAGGAUCCAAGUUGAUUGAAUUGAACUGCUGGUUAUAGGAGGACCUAAGAAGAUCUUGAAUGGGCAUUUGAAUCUCUGCAGUUUAUAUAUCUUAUCUAUCAGGCAAUAUGGUCUUUCCUGCAUCUUUGGAUUCCAGCAGGCUGGUAUAGUCAAGUUCUCAUGAUCAACUUGUCUAGUAUGGUCUUAUUACUGAACUGAUCAACAAUGUUAUUUUGUAUGAGCCUUCAACAUGUUGAAAAACCUAGUUUUGGUUAACAACUGCAAAACCUAGAAGUGGUAGAUGUUCUAGUUCCUCCUAUCCAGGAUUGCAAAUGUUCUCUCGGAGUCCUAUUCACUCUUCUCUCUCUGAUAAGAUGACACUCCUACUCAAGUUGUACUUCAGUAAAUUGAAUUACUGAUUGAUUGAGGCCUCAGUGAUCUUCCUGAAAUCUUUAUUUCAGCAAUGCUAUAUCCCCAUUUACUGAUGGUGUCAUG